AUGCUUCUCAAGGCCUUUUUCCUCGGCUCCCUGCUGGUGAUUGCGGCUUACGCCGAAGAGGAGGCGACCACCGCCGCCCCGAAGGAGGAGGUCACCUCGCCGGCCGUCGUCCGUGCCAAGAGGCAGUGUGGCUGCUCCGGGUGCUCGUCGUGCGGUCAGCAGCAGACUCAGGUCAUCGUCCUCCAGCAGCAGCAGCAGAACCAGUGCCAGUCGCCAUGCUGCAACUCGUGCCAGUCCGCCUGCCAGAGCCAGUGCUCCACCCCCAUCUGCGUCCAGGGAUGCCAGUCCUCGUGCAACUCGCAGUGCAGCAACUCCCAGCAGCCAAUCGUCAUCGUCGUCCCCAACAACGACCAAUGCUCCUCGUCCUGCUCCAACUCGUGCCAGCAGCAGUGCCCCACCCCCGUCUGCGUCCAGACCUGCCAGAACCAGUGCCAGUCUGCCUGCGGAUGCCAGAGCAACAACUGCAACCAGCAGCAGCAGCCCAUCAUCGUCCUCCAGCAGCAGCAGAACCAGUGCCAGAACACCUGCCAGAGCCAGUGCAUGAACUCCUGCACCACCACCCAGACUGUCCUGCAGUGCCAGCCGGUGUGCGCCCAGACUUGCCAGCAGACCUGCCAGCAAGCCCAGCAGAUCGUCAUCCCGUGCCAGAGCUCCGGCUCGUCGUGCUCGUGCAACUCUGGCUACUCCCAGUGCGGAGGCUCGUGCUGCCGUAUC